AUGCCAGUUCCUUUUGAAGCGCUUAUCCCUUUAGGCAUAAUUGCUGGAAUGAUAGGAGUGACUGGUACAUUAUUAAAUUUAACUAAAAGGAUUCGACAUGAAGGCAAGCCUCCUAGAAUCUCUUUAGAUACUUGGGAUACGCAGAUGAUGGAACGUGAUAGACGGUUAACUGGAAGUUCUCACCAUUCGUCAUCGGUGCGAAAAGCUCACAAUAAUGGUAAAAAUCAUAUCAUGAAUGUUAGAAAUUAUUAUGCUGAAUUAGGUCAAGACAAAGCGCAAGCAAUUAUAGACGAAAUUACAAAAGCAUACGAAUGCGCCGGACAAGUUGGAUUUCCUCCUCAAUAUGGUUAUAUUCCUGGUAUGAUUCCUACUGUCGUUGCGCCAGUAGUUAAUGCUCCACCUUACGCUUCGGUUCCUCCUCCUUUAAUGAUGCAUCCCCGUCCACCGGUCGGAAAUGGAGCUCCAGGCACUGUGGCCGCUACU